CCAGGGCGGCUAGUAGCGAGCUAACAGGGAGUCCGCUGGUGCCACCUCAACAUGGAGUAGCAAGAGCCCCGUGUUCACUGUCGAGAAGUGGACCACACAGAGAUCAGGACAGAGACAAAUGACACUUCUGUAGGUGGAAAAGGGACGCAAGGCUUGUAUUUGAAAGAUGGCGAACGACUCCCCAGCUAAAAGUCUAGUAGACAUCGACUUGGCUUCACUGCGGGACCCAGCCGGGAUAUUUGAAUUGGUGGAGGUGGUUGGAAAUGGAACCUACGGACAAGUAUACAAGGGACGACAUGUUAAGACCGGACAGCUGGCCGCCAUCAAGGUCAUGGACGUCACAGAGGAUGAAGAAGAGGAAAUUAAAUUGGAGAUUAAUAUGCUGAAGAAGUAUUCCCAUCACAGAAACAUCGCCACCUACUACGGGGCUUUCAUUAAAAAGAGCCCACCAGGACAUGACGACCAGCUUUGGUUGGUGAUGGAGUUCUGUGGAGCUGGUUCUAUCACAGACCUGGUGAAGAACACUAAGGGGAACCAGUUGAAGGAGGACUGGAUUGCCUACAUCUCCAGAGAAAUCCUUCGAGGUCUGGCUCACUUGCAUGCCCACCAUGUGAUCCACCGUGACAUCAAGGGACAGAAUGUCCUGUUGACUGAGAAUGCCGAAGUGAAAUUAGUGGACUUUGGUGUGAGUGCCCAGCUGGAUCGUACCGUAGGCAGGAGAAACACCUUCAUUGGUACUCCCUACUGGAUGGCCCCUGAAGUCAUCGCCUGCGACGAAAACCCUGAUGCGACCUAUGACUACAGAAGUGACCUGUGGUCUUGUGGCAUCACGGCCAUUGAGAUGGCGGAAGGCGCCCCACCGCUUUGUGACAUGCACCCAAUGAGAGCACUCUUCCUGAUUCCAAGAAACCCUCCUCCGAGGCUGAAAUCCAAAAAAUGGUCCAAAAAGUUUUUCAGUUUCAUCGAGAGCUGCCUCGUGAAGAACUACACACAGCGGCCGCCAACAGAACAGUUGCUCAAACACCCCUUCAUCCGAGACCAGCCCAAUGAGAGGCAGGUCCGCAUUCAGCUGAAAGACCACAUUGAUCGCACCAAGAAGAAGAGGGGUGAAAAAGAUGAAACGGAGUAUGAGUACAGUGGCAGUGAGGAGGAGGAAGAGGAUCCCCCAGAGCAGGAGGGAGAACCAAGCUCCAUCGUUAAUGUCCCGGGUGAGUCCACGCUGCGAAGGGACUUCAUCCGCCUGCAGCAGGAGAACAAAGAGAGGUCAGAGGCACUUCGUCGUCAGCAACUGUUGCAGGAGCAGCAGCUUCGCGAGCAGGAAGAGUACAAGCGUCAACUACUGGCUGAGAGGCAGAAGCGUAUUGAGCAGCAGAAGGAGCAACGACGGCGACUGGAGGAGCAACAGAGACGCGAACGGGAGAUGAGACGGCAACAGGAGCGGGAUCAGCGUCGGCGGGAGCAAGAGGAAAAGAGGCGCAUUGAGGAGAUGGAUCGCAGGCGCAAAGAGGAGGAGGAGCGCCGGCGUGCUGAGGAUGAGAAGAGGAGGAAUGACCGUGAACAGGAGUACAUCCGACGGCAGCUUGAGGAGGAACAGAGGCACUUGGAGAUGCUACAGGAGCAGCUUCUACGUGAACAGGCCAUGUUGUUGGCUGAUGAACGGUACCGUAAGAAUAUUCAGGGCUCCCCUCAGACCGCCCCUCCUCCCAAGCAACCCCCUCUGCCCCCCCGCUCUGCUGAACCCUUCUCCAACGGUAGCUCAUCUGAGGCGUCUGCCAUGCACCGGCCCAUGGAGCCUCAGGUCCAGUGGUCUCACCUUGCCGCUCUAAAGAGUAGCAACAGUGCUGCCCCUUCUCCGCCUCCUCCUCCUCCGCCUGUGGUCGCUCGCUCCCAGUCCUUCAGUGAGCCCGGUGGUGUUACUGCUAACUUUGCACAACUCCACAUGCGCUCCCAAGAUCCCCACCAUCACCACCCAUCGCCUGCCCGCACUGAUCCCCAGCCCCAGCCGCCCCUCCACCAGCCUCAGGCCCCACCCAGUGACGAAGUGCCACCCAAGGUACCUGUGAGAACAACGUCCCGAUCUCCUGUACUGUCGCGCAGAGAGUCUCCACUACCAUCGCAGCCUAGCGGCCAGAGGAGCACAUCUGGAAAUGUGGAGCACCGCCCUCUGUGGGACCGUGUGGAGAAGCUGCAGCCUCGACCUGGCAGCGGUAGCUCCUCUGGCUCUUCUAACUCCAGCUCCCAGGCCAGUCCUGGGGACCGCUUCAGGCCACGCUCGUCCUCCAAAUCUGAAGGAUCGCCUCUCCAGCGCCCUGAGAAUGUUCCCAAAAAAACAGACGAAAAGAAUUUGGCUAGGCCUACCCGACCUGCCGACCUGACAGCCCUUGCUAAGGAACUCCGUGCAGUGGACGACGUGCGGCCUCCCCACAAAGUGACCGACUACUCUUCCUCAAGCGAGGAGUCCGGCACCACCGAUGAGGAGGACGAUGAAGAAGUAGAUCAGGAGGCAGGGGAGGAGUCCACUUCGGGUGCUGAGGACUCUCGGUCUGGAUCCUCUCAUGGCUUCCACAGGAGGAUCAGUAAUGGAGAAACUGUGUCUGCCAAAACUAUGCUUGUGGAAGACUCAGAGAGUGAGCAGGCCACUACACCCUCUAAGGAUGGUACACUGGUCAUCAGACAGAGCACCGCUGACAUAAAGCGGUUGGUCAGUCUCUCCUCUUCCUCUUCCCCGGCCGGCCCCGCUCACGGCCAGCCCCUACCCCCAAGCCACACCUUCCAAGAGAAAAAUGGCUUCGCUGGCCGCAUUCACCACCUACCAGACCUUAUCCAGCAGAGCCAUCACUCCCCAUCCUCUUCCACAUCCAUGCUUUCCUCCUUCUCCUCCUUCUCAUCAUCUCCAAGUCAUGCCAGUCUGGCCACGUCCCCACAGAAUCCCCUGGACAAGCUUGUUGCCAUUGAGAGCCAGUCGGAGAGCAAUUCCAUGUCCAAACACAAAUCUUCCUCCUCCUUCACUCCCUUCAUCGACCCUCGUCUUCUCCAGAUCUCCCCAUCCAGUGGCAGCUCACUCAACAACAUGGCUGGAUUUGGGCAGGACGUGCGUCUAGCCGACCCGUUGAGGUCUGACCCGUCCCGCAAAGGCUCGGUGGUUAAUGUCAACCCUGUCAACACACGCCCGCCCAGCGACACGCCAGAGAUCCGCAAAUAUAAGAAGCGCUUCAACUCGGAGAUCCUGUGCGCCGCUCUUUGGGGCGUCAACCUGCUGGUCGGGACUGAGAGCGGCCUGAUGCUGCUGGACCGCAGCGGUCAGGGGAAAGUGUACCCGCUGAUCAACCGGCGGCGCAUCCAGCAAAUGGACGUGCUGGAGGGACUUAAUGUCCUCGUCACCAUAUCAGGCAAAAAGAACAAGCUCCGUGUUUAUUACCUGUCGUGGCUUCGGAACAAGAUCCUGCAUAAUGACCCGGAGGUGGAGAAGAAGCAGGGUUGGGUUAAUGUGGGCGACCUGGAGGGCUGCGUUCACUACAAAGUUGUCAAAUACGAGAGGAUAAAAUUCUUAGUGCUGGCCUUGAAGAACUCUGUGGAGGUUUACGCUUGGGCCCCCAAACCGUACCACAAGUUCAUGGCCUUCAAGUCGUUUGGCGACCUCGUGCACAAGCCUCUCCUGGUGGACCUGACGGUGGAGGAAGGUCAGAGGUUAAAGGUCAUCUAUGGCUCCUGCUCAGGCUUCCAUGCUGUGGAUGUGGACUCGGGCGCCGUCUAUGACAUCUACCUACCCACUCACGUAAAUGCCCCUCUCAGUGACCCCCCCCUCACAUUCCUCAUUUUCCCAUCCCACCUUCAAAGCACCUGCCUCGGCUUUCAGAUCCAGACCAGCAUUCAGUGCCACGCCAUCAUCAUCCUGCCCAACACCGAUGGCAUUGAGCUGCUCGUGUGCUACGAGGACGAGGGCGUAUAUGUCAACACCUACGGGCGCAUCACCAAGGACGUGGUGCUGCAGUGGGGGGAAAUGCCGACUUCAGUGGCCUACAUUAGGUCAAACCAGAUCAUGGGCUGGGGCGAGAAGGCCAUCGAGAUCCGCUCGGUGGAGACCGGCCACCUGGAUGGUGUCUUUAUGCACAAGAGAGCCCAGAGACUCAAGUUCUUGUGCGAGAGGAACGACAAGGUAUUCUUCGCCUCGGUGCGGGCGGGUGGUGCUAGUCAGGUGUACUUCAUGACACUGGGACGCACUUCACUCAUGAGCUGGUAGUUACCAACGCCAUGACGGCGGCGAUGAAGAUGCUUGCUCAUACGUGUUUGGACGAUAUUGAAUAGCCAACGGGGGGGUUGGGUGUUGCGUUUUGUGUGUGUGUGUGUGUGCGCACGCGCAGAGCGUGUUAUAGUAAACUAUAUUCUGACAGAACAUCCUUUGAGCCAGGCCUGCCUCCUCUCCUUGACCUUUUGUGGGAUGUGUACAUGUUUAGUGUCCUUGUGCAGCCUUGCAUUGUGUGUGCUCGUGCGCAAGGCCAGUGCAGGAAGUGCUGCGCGUGUGCACAGUUGAGGAUGAACCAUGCACACGCCGCUCAUUGUUUGGUUUGUUUUUGGUUCAGGUGGUGCAAGCUCCUCCUCCCACUCAACGGGUCGCUAAACACUUGUUUGCCUUCUUGAAGGUGUUGUGGUGGACCAUGGUGAUCAUGACAGGGUAAUGGGUUAUCAGCUCCACCACCUUCCAAGCAUGCCUCACAACGUUGCAUUGGUCCACAAUCUUCUUAAUACACUGUAUAUUUCCUAUGUGCUGAUCAUCAUGCUUAUUUAUCAUCCACCAAACAAUGUAAUGGACCCAAAUUUGUAUUGUUUUCAUUCUUUCUCAAGGUGGAUUGUUAAGGAUAAACUGUGAAUUAGAUUUACAGAGUCAGCAGGUGACCACAAAGGAUCAAAGCUUGUGCAUGUGCGAGCGUCACAGUCCAUGGACACUGUAGCUCCCAAGUCCAGGUUGCCUUAUUAACGUCUCCAGCAGAAUGAAACUGCUGAAACUCCUUAUGUAGGUUUUUAUGAAGCCUAAAAGUUGAAGGAAGGCUUUAGUCGGAUACAAUAAUGGACCUUGUUUUUCCGGGUUUCACCUUUUGGUCUGUUUCCUGUGUUUAUUUGUUUGUGUCGCAUCUCCCAUCAAAUUUGCCAAGGCUGCUGUCAUUCGUCGCAUUCAUUUCCAACUUCCCCAGCUCAUCAGCAUGGUGGUGCCUUCACUGACCUCCCACACACAGAGAGAGAGAGAGAGAAGCGGAUAAGACCAAAAGUGCAGCAGAGUUACAAAAAACACUCCAAAUGAUGAAAACCCAAGUGGCAUAUUUUUAACCCGGACUUAGUUUUUAGUCUCGACCGUGUAUCCCUUCAGAUAAGUAUGCGACUGCUGUGGUUUUUAAAUAGUAGUGCACACAUUAUGUUGAAAUGUUUACAGACGUCAUUGUUUUGUCAAACCAAUGUGCAUCAAUAUGAAUAUUUAUGGAUCAUUUGAGGGCAGUUUUCUGUAUUUUCUAUUCCCUUUUGUACUAUCAUUUAGGCGGUCAUGUACAGGAAUAAAUAAACAUUUGCUCACGUGAUGAAUGACACAAAUCCAGACUCCACUGAUUUUUAUUUU